AGCGUGCUGUUUGGUUUGCGUGCAGUGGUGUGUACUGUCAUUUGGACCCAUGGAUUAAGGAGCUGCUGCGUCGAGAAACAAGCAGCAUUUGGGAACUAAAUUACAAAUUAAAACGUUAAGACCAGAGUGCGUAGGUGGAUCUUGUGGUGAGCUUUGUGUAUCCUGCACAUGUAGCAGAUGAUCCAGUCACAUAGCCUGAAGGCUGCACUGCAACAAUGCCCGAGUCCUCCCUGGUCACGGAUAUUCGCAGGAGCUCUCUUGAAUGUAGAACAUCCCCCUUGAGACAGUUUAGCCAAUCAUCGCUGUCACUACACAGAAAGUCCUUCAUGCUCAGUACCUUCUGCACAGAGAACAACGUGCAAGAAUGUCUAUCACACAUCAAUCAGGAGGUGUCAUCUCUUGGCCUGCCACCAGUUUGGACAGAGUCAGGCGGCAGCUCAGAGAUGAAUGUCGUGGCUGUGCUGAACUGCAUGUACGACCUGAUUCAGCUGCACCGCAGAGACCUCCGAACCCUGGAAAACAUGGAAUUGGAGCAGCUUAAGUCCAGCAGCAAUGUGGACUCCCUGCAGCUCACCAGCACCAAACUAAAAGAGCAGCUUGAACUGUCCAAAAGAGAGAACACGGGACUGCUUGAGAGAGAACGACAGCUACAGCUGAAAGUGAAGAGUUUGCAAAACUGCCUGAAAAAUGAAAAAGAAGAGGUUCAAAAACUUCAGAACAUAAUUGCCAGCCGGGCCAGCCAGUACAAUCAUGAGAUGAAAAGGAAAGAAAGAGAAUUUAACAAGCUGAAGGAGCGCUUGAAUCAACUUCUGGUUGACAAAAAGGAGAGGAAACAAGCCAUUGAUGUAUUGAACAACAUUGGAAGAGCUGAUGGGAAGAGAAGCCUUUGGAAAACUGAAAAGACAGAGGCAAAGCAUGAGGGGGAGAUGUAUAAGACUCUGCUCAGUGACUAUGACACCAGACAAAGGGAGCUGCUGCUGGAAAAUGCAGAGUUAAAGAAAGUGUUGCAGCAGAUGAAAAAAGACAUUGUGUCCAUUCUAAGUUCAAGGAAACCAACUUAUAAAGGCGACAAACAUCAACAAGAUGAUGGCAUACAGGCUGACUCGGAGGAGGAAGAGGAAGUGUUUGAUUCCACUAAAGAAAGCGUGGAGCUGUACUGUGUUCACGCCCGGGAGAAGCUGACCAACAGUAUUCGCCUCCAGUGGAGGAGACUCAAGAGCCACGUUGAACGAUUGGACAGCCAAGCUUCUUUAGCUCAUUUUGGCGAGAGUAAAAACACUGAUGCAGUUUCCAGAGAGACUCAUGAGGAGGAGAUGGAAAGACUGAAGCAGGAGAUCCAGCAGUGCAGAGACUUUAUUCAAACACAACAGCAGCUCCUGCAGCAGCAGCUGAGCUCUCCAUGUGAUGAGGAGACGGCAUCCCUGCUGAGCGACUGCUACAUGCUGCAGGAGAAGGAGCGCCUCCGAGAAGAGUGGACGACUCUAGAGGAACAGAGAAAGAUCUUUGAGAGGGAGAGAAGGAACUUCACUGAAGCAGCUAUAAGACUUAGCCACGAGAGGAAGGCCUUUGAGGAGGAUCGAGCGACGUGGCUCAAACACCAGUUUUUAAACUUGAGUCCAUUUGCUGACUCAAAGAAACCCCAGAUUUCAAAGUCUAAAAGUGCCUUUUUAAUAUCUGAAACAAAAGUGAGUAGUGCAUCAGGUCCAGAAAAGCUCAUCAAAUGCCCGCCUGACACAGCCUCACCCAGAUGUGUGCCACUCACAUCGCCAUCAACAGCCGACCUAUAUCGCACACUUUGCCUUAACCCAGAAAACAGCUCAACCAAACCAAAGACAACGACUGAACAUGUUGAGGAAUCCAUGUUUCUUAAUGGAAAUGUUCCAGUUCAGCACAAACAGUGGAACGACAGUGAAGACCUCAGCCGCCACACACUCACAAAGGAAAAGAACAGCUCUAUAUGAAGCAAAAAACCUUCAUCAUGUGAAUCAGAAAUAAAGUUAAUGUCCAUUUAUUAUGGACGAAUAUGUGAUACUUCAGAAAUACACCUGGCUUGUGAAUGACAAACACUUGCCGAUAGACUGUCAAAUGAUUAAAUGGCAACAGUCAAAGCCAAACAAGAGUUCUGGUUAGCUGCUUGUGUUGUGUGCUCGGUGUGACUGAAAGAAAAUGAUCAAUGUAGUUGUUUUUUUAUUAUCUUACUGUUUUAUUAAUUUAACUAUGUGAUAAAUGUAUUUAUUUAUUUAUUUAGCACUGUUAAUCGUGUAGUCAUAUCUUAAAUCUAGGUCUGAAGCUAGUAUUUUUUGGCAAUGCAGUUGUGCCACAAAAGAUCAUGUGUCUCGGUAAUGAGAUGUUGCUUGACCCUUUUUACUGGUCACUGUUGCACCUAAACCUGCCUAAAUGUUGCCAUUUAUAUCACAGCUUUUCAGCUUAUUUUAUCAUGUUGAACUUGGGAACUGGCACAAUGUUUUAGAAUGUAGAUUUAAUGCUGCUGUUUCACUGAAUGCAAUAAGAAACUGGAUUAAAUAUCAUAUCAUAUAUUAAAAUAGAAAUGUAGUUGAUAACAUUGUCUUCUAGUAACUGUUGCAGUUACAUUAGUAGUGGGUGAUGUAUGAUGUUGCAGUUAAGAGGGAAGAAAGGCUGUAAAGUUGAACACAAAUAGCAUAAUGUGUAGUAGAACGCUGACACCAGGUUAGACGACUCUGGUGUCAAUGUGAAUGUAAAUUCCUCUCUCCAUUUCUUUUUUAAGUGAAUGUGUUUAUUUUAGUGGCUUCAUAUUGACAGAUGAGAAUAAUUCUUAACACAGGAAUGUGACAUGAUGUAUUCUAGACAAUCUUAUGCUCUUGAAACACUCAUUAUACAUUCUCGAAACACAAAUAUCUUGUCAUUUGACCUUUAUUGGCCUCUCGUGGAAAAUGAGUUACUCGUCAACAGAACUGCUUCACCUGUCCCCUCCAAUGCACUGGUGUCAACUUAUAAAAAUGGAGACCACUGAGGUAAACCACACAGUGGAGUGGCAGUUCAACAGGACUGUCCAGCAAAGAGGUGAGUACUGUAAUAAAUGGCUUUGUCAUUUUCAAACAGUCUUGCUCUUGCAUGUUUUGGAGCUGAAACUGUGUUGCAGUAUUGGCAAACAUUGCUAUUAAUAUCUCUGCAAGUAUGGGUGAUGUUAUGGAGCUGGAAAGUACAUUAUGAAGGAAAUGUACUCAACACAGUGGUCAUGGGAUAUUGUGACGGAAACUCCUUAUUUUUUACCACAAUCAACUCUAGUAGUAUUUGGAAAUACUGAAAUGUAUUGAAAUUGGAAGAAAUAAUCCAAUUGAUUGAAUUCUUUGCAACAUUGACAUUUUUAUUUAUUUAGCAAUAAUGGUAUAAAACAGUUACAUUAAAAGCAAAAAGCAACAGUUUCAGUUGUUCACAAAAGCAACAUCUCAACAUUAUUAUAAUGUGGUCUGACCAUUCUCACAUCACCAAAAUUCAGCCAAGCUCAGGAUCGAGGGACAUUUAUCAUAAUGUUGUGCAUUUUUCCUUUAAGUAAUUCUUUAUGAAGUUGCCAUAAU